AUUACACCUGUCUCUGUCGCAGAAGGAUAUUUGAGUGAAUAUGAGCAUUUGCACAAUGUUAUUAAUGAAUUACAGAAACUGUUGUGUAUUUACUUGUACAGGCAGCAUGUACUUUGUAUUACAUGGAUAAAUCUUAAAUUUAUAUUAUAGUAUGAAACAAGGCAUAGGUGUGUGUGUGUGUGUGUGUGUUUAUGUUUUAGGCUACAACUUCAAUAUUCAGCGUUAACUUUCUUUAGUGUUUUGUCUUAUCUGCAAGUUCAGAUGUUUUUUGUGGCUUUUGGAUUAAUUUUCUUGAAAUCUUUAACAAUUUACACAUCUUAUGUUUUUGUGUGAACUGUUGCUUAUAGAAAAUAGCGACCGUCUACGCUUACACCAGUUUUAUUCUGCAUGACCAAUAUUGGUUUAAACAGGUGUGCUUCAUACGGUUCUGUUAAAUCAUGAUCCACAAAGUUGGACAAAGCAAUCUUUUGUUAAAACCGUUGGGAUUUAAAACUGCAGCACAGCACUAUCUGUACAUUUCUGGAUUUUCUUUGACAUUAUGCAAAAGGGUUGCCAAGAUGGUGGUCCGACAACGAUGGUUGUAAAUUUGUUGUGGCUUUGAAGUUGAUAGUUUAUAGUUGGACACACAUUGUGAUGCUCACUGUGUCUGGAUGUUAAUAGCAUGUUGUUUUUGCAGCUGAAUGUGCUCUGUUACAGUUGUAUUCAGUCCAUCUUCUCAACUUUGCAAUCAGAGGGAAUCUAUUACUUUCACCUUUUUUAUUCGGGAGCAACAUAUAUUUUUCAGUUUGAAAUAAAAAGAAUGCUUUAAAGAUAGAGGACGCCAGCAUAUAAACUGGUCCUGGGUCAUCCCUGCGAUCUCUUCCCCUCAUUUGGUGGCAGACAUCAUUCCCACCUGCUAGUGCUUUACAAGAAAUCCCUAAAAUAUUUUGCAUGCAUGCAUCACAUAUCAGUGGUUCAUUUAACUUGACUCUGUAAUAUUCUAUCAAGAUUUUAUAUUUUGAUCUAUUUUCAUUCAUUCUCAUAUGUGGGCCAGUUGAGUAUUGUGAAAUAUGUCACAUUAUGAUCCCUGAUUAAACCCAAAUAACAUCGAAGGGGAAGAAAUUAGCCUAUUUAGAGGGGCCACAUUAUAGCAAACUUUGGGUAAAGAAUGACAGAUUACUUUAAAUCACCUGUGGUCAAAGCAGCUAGAAAACAAGGAAGGUAAGAACAGAUUGUUGCAAAAAAAACCACCAGAACGUAAACGUAUAUAUGGGGUGAGAAUGAUGCAGAAAUGUGAAAUUACUGCCUUGAGGUGUUCAGUUAAACGGGGGAGCGUAUCUGUGUGACUUGAGGGUGUAGAUAAACACAUGAAUACGUCACUGAGUCAAAGCGCGGGAAGUCUAGUCUGUUUGCAAAAGGGGAAGUGCUAAGAGGAAGCAGGUCUGCAGCCAGGGCAGAUAGGAAGACGUAAAACUAUCAGCCACGUGUUACUACACGCACAAAGAAAAGAGAGAAACACGUUUCACACGAGACCUGCCUGCUGGACCAGGUGUUGGGGCUUAUUAUGAAUGAGAAGCCACCCAACAGUGCAAGCCUUUUUCUAAAUGAGGACGCAGAAAAACCAACGUUGCCGGACAAAGUUGACCUCAGGAGGCGUUUUCGCAGAGCCAUGGAGAAGAGAGCAGGCAGCAUGAGGCAGAGGAUCGGCUCCAUCAGCAAGAAAAGCCUCAAAGGUUUCUUCAGGAGGAACCUGUUUGUUUUGUUCACAGUGGCUUCUGUGGUUCUGGGUGUAAUCCUAGGCUUUGCUCUACGACCCCAUAACCUGUCCAUGAGGGAGAUAAAAUACUUUUCCUUUCCUGGGGAGCUCCUGAUGAGGAUGCUGAAGAUGCUAGUGCUGCCGCUGAUUGUCUCCAGUCUGGUCACAGGUAUCUCCUCGUUGGACAGGAGAGCAUCGGGAAAGAUGGGUGUGCGCGCGGUGGUGUACUACAUGGUGACCACACUGAUCGCAGUGUUUAUCGGCAUCGUGAUCGUCAUGAUCAUCCAGCCGGGGAAAGGCAGCAGGGACAGUCCUACGGUGAAAAGCGGAAACAUUGAAUCCAUUCAGGCUACUGAUGCUUUUCUGGACCUCAUCAGGAACAUGUUUCCCCCUAACCUGGUGGAAGCGUGCUUCAUUCAGCAUAAAACUGUGUACAAGAAGACUGUUUCCACAAGAAACGUGACAGUGACUCUCAACCUCACCGACUUGCUUAACAUAACAGACUCUCCUCUGAGUGAAAACCUCACCAGGGUGCAACGCACCAUACAGGAGACAGUGGAGGAAACGGUUCCUGUGUCUGGUUCCUCGGCCGGAGUGAACGCUCUGGGUCUGGUCGUCUUCUCCAUGUGCUUCGGUCUGGUCAUUGGCAACAUGAAAGAGCAGGGACACGCUCUUAAAGAGUUCUUUGACUGCUUAAACGAGGCCAUAAUGAGGCUGGUAGCCGUCAUCAUUUGGUACGCUCCAGUUGGAAUCCUGUUUCUGAUUGCUGGGAAAAUAGUGGAGAUGAAGGAUCUGGCAGAAGUGGGUGGUCAGUUGGGGAUGUACACGGUGUCUGUCAUCGUGGGUCUUCUAGUCCACGGACUAUUUGUCCUGCCGCUGCUCUACUUUCUGGUUACCAGAAGGAAUCCCUACAGUUUCAUUGGCGGCCUGCUGCAGGCCCUUAUCACUGCUUUAGGGACAUCGUCUAGUUCUGCUACUCUGCCCAUCACUUUCCGAUGUCUUGAAGAAAACAACCACGUCGAUAAACGAGUGACUCGCUUCGUCCUCCCCGUGGGCGCCACCAUCAACAUGGAUGGGACCGCGCUGUAUGAGGCUGUGGCGGCCAUCUUUAUCGCUCAAGUCAAUGACAUGGACCUAAACUUUGGGCAGAUUCUCACAAUCAGUAUCACAGCAACGGCUGCCAGCAUCGGAGCAGCAGGCAUCCCUCAGGCUGGUCUGGUGACCAUGGUGAUCGUAUUGACAUCGGUGGGACUGCCCACAGAGGACAUUACACUGAUCAUCGCCGUGGAUUGGUUCUUGGAUCGUUUGCGCACCACCACCAACGUGCUGGGCGACUCGCUCGGUGCCGGCAUCGUGGAAUAUCUCUCCCGUGAAGAACUGCAGAAUCAAGAUGCUGACUUGCGAAACUCUGUGAUAGAGGAGAAUGAGAAGCCAUACCAGCUCAUCUGCCAGGACAAUGACACACUGAGCCACCUCAACAACGAGACCACGAUGUGAGGAAAUUUGUUUUCACCUGAAAGGACUUGACAAAUCAA